GUCCGCAGUCUCUGGUCAUCUCCUGUACUAUGUCCGCAGUCUCUGGUCAUCUCCUGUACUGUGUCCGCAGUCUCUGGUCAUCUCCUGUACCAUGUCCGCAUUCUCUGGUCAUCUCCUGUACCACGUCCGCAGUCUCUGGUCAUCUCCUGUACUACGUCCGCAGUCUCUGGUCAUCUCCUGUACUACGUCCGCAGUCUCUGGUCAUCUCCUGUACCGUGUCCACAGUCUCUGGUCAUCUCCUGCACUGUGUCCGCAGUCUCUAGUCACCUCCUGUACCAUGUCCGCAGUCUCUGGUCAUCUCCUGUACCGUGUCCACAGUCUCUGGUCAUCUCCUGCACUGUGUCUGCAGUCUCU